AUGGUUCCCACAGUUGACACUGUACGAUACAAUUUCCUUGUGGACAUUCUUGUGCAACGUUUCAACCCAGUUCUCCUUGUGGGCCCCGUGGGCACAGGAAAGACGUCAGUCGCAACCAGUACCUUCUCAAGUCUGGAUCCGAAUGCCUGGUCUCAUCUCAUCAUCAAUAUGUCGGCCCAAGUAUGUGGCAUACAAAAAUCUUUCAGGAAAUGUGCAUAUUGUUGA